AUGAAUCAAUCAUCAAUUAAUCAACAUUUUAAUUCAAUGCUUGAGCAAUUGUCAUCGUUAAGACGUAAGAACUCUGACAGUUCACAAUCAGCUUCAAGUGAUAAGCAUCACGAAAGUAACCACAAAAAAGUCAACGACAUAGACUCGGUGAACAAUAAGUCAAAGAACAGUAUUUUUAAGAACUUUAUAAGUGAAAACGGUGCCACAAACAUUUUCCACAACUUGAUUAAAUGUCCUGAAACCAUCUCCAGUCAUUUAAAUACAGCGACAAGUUCAUCUUCAAAUGGUACAUACAAACAAAACAACGACAAUCACAACGAAAAUAAUAAUAAUAAAGAAGAGACUGUAGCCAUCGUUGCAACUUUACAGCCAACUGAUAAUGAAAACAACUCCAAUUUAAUCCACAAAAAACGUAACAGUGUUGUUAAGACAAUGCAGAAUUCCAACGGCGAUUUAACUCUUUUGCAUCGUGAAUUGUCGCCAUCCCCACGUGUACAUCGGAAAUCGUCUCACGAUAUUCGUCUCCUACGUAAUAACCAAAUGAUUCUUGAAUCCGGAGAAAAUGGGGAAGUGGGAAAAUUGACAGGUGUAAAGCCUUUAAAAACCAAGAACAUUAUCACAAAACAUGAGACGUUUGACAUGCUCAACUACCGUGCUAUGGAUUCACUCAGCUGUACGAGUCAAGUGUGCAUGGGAAGUGUGAUGAUGGGAAAUGUUUUCACUGUUGAAACAAGAAAAAGCGAAAUUGUUCUUCAACAUGCAAAAGAUUUUCUCAACCAAUAUUUUACAUCGAUAAGAAGAUUUAAUUCCCCGGCUCAUCAAGCUCGAUGGAAGCAAAUUGAAAAGGAAAUUCAAACAGCGGGAGGAUAUCAAUUAAACGAUUCGGAAUUAAUUUUUGGAGCGAAAACAGCGUGGAGAAAUUCAGCCCGAUGCAUUGGUAGAAUUCAAUGGUCUAAGUUACAGGUGUUCGAUUGUCGGCAACUAUCAACCCCGUCUCAAAUGUUUGAAGCUCUCUGCAAUCAUUUAAAGUAUAGCACGAACAAAGGAAACUUAAGCAACAAGUUGAUUGAGACGGGUGUUUUUGAUUGUAGGUCGGCAAUAACGAUUUUCCCACAACGAACCGAUGGAAAGCAUGAUUUUCGAAUAUGGAAUCCUCAGUUGGUUUCUUAUGCGGGGUAUCAGAAUAAUGACGGAACAUUCGUUGGCGAUCCGAUGAACGUUGAGAUUACUGACCUUUGUCUUAAACUGGGAUGGAAGUCACCAAGAACCGAGUUUGACAUUUUACCUCUCGUACUGUCAGCCAAUGGACAUGACCCAGAAAUGUUUGAAUAUCCACCAGAUUUGAUACUCGAGGUGCCUUUGGUUCAUCCCCAAUUCAAAUGGUUUGCAGAUAUGAAUUUGAAAUGGUAUGCAGUUCCUGCAAUGAAAAAUAAUUCUAUCAACUCGUUUUUCAUCCCACAAGCUGUUUCAAGUAUGCUUUUCGACUGUGGUGGCUUGGUGUUUCCAGGUUGCGCUUUCAGUGGAUGGUACAUGUCGACGGAAAUUGGCUGCCGAAACUUAUGUGACACUAAUCGACGAAAUCUCCUGGAGCCGAUAGCAAUUAAAAUGGGAUUGGACACAAGAAAUCCUAGCUCGUUAUGGAAAGAUAAAGCGCUUGUGGAAAUAAAUAUUGCCGUAUUGCAUUCAUAUCAAAGGAAAAACAUCACCAUUGUUGAUCAUCAUACGGCGAGUGAAAGCUUUAUGAAGCAUUAUGAAAACGAAAGUAAACUUCGUAAAGGAUGUCCAGCCGAUUGGGUUUGGAUCGUUCCACCCAUGUCAGCAUCGGUGAUGCAAGUUUUUCAUCAAGAAAUGGUUGCUUAUUAUCUCAGACCUUCGUUUGAAUAUCAAGAAGCACCAAUGAAGACACACAUCUGGAAGAAAGGCAGAGAAUCCAUAAAAAAUAAGAAACCGAGAAGGAAAUUUCAUUUCAAACAAAUCGCAAGAGCGGUAAAGUUUACAUCAAAAUUGUUCGGUAGAGCAUUGAGUCGAAGAAUUAAAGCAACAGUUUUGUAUGCUUCUGAAACUGGACGUUCAGAACAAUAUGCCAAACAACUUGUUGAACUUUUAAGCCAUGCUUUUAACGCUCAGAUUUACAAUAUGGCUGAAUACGAUAUUUCUUCUAUCGAGCAUGAAGCACUUUUAUUCGUUGUGGCUUCAACUUUUGGCAAUGGAGAUCCACCAGAGAAUGGAGAACAAUUUGCACAAGGGUUAUAUGCAAUGAAAAUGCACGAUAGCGAUGUUGACUUUACCCACCUA